GUGAUUGAGCUUUGUAGGAAGCUGAGCGUCUGCUUGAUAUGUUUGAUUUUUUAGGCGGUUUAAGCAAUUGUUGAGUGUCUGUAAUCAAAAUAUGAGACGUUCGAAAGAUGAAAAACUAAUUUGACACAUGCGUUUUAAAUUCUUGAGGUUUUUUUAUCUGUUUCAGAGAAGCUUAAAUGUAAAUAGAACUAGAGUAGAACUAAUUUAUAUUUUCUCCUUGGUGUUUGUGACAAAUUGUGUUGUUAACUGUUGCUUUAGUGUUAGUACUAUAGUAACACAUUUCGUUAUUGCUUUUUAGUCUGAUGUUCGAAGAUAAACGUGGUUUUUGAAAGUGAUGUGUUAACCUUGAAAAUCAGUAGACGGGAGAGAUCAGAGAAGCUGACGAAAAUAUUUCGUUUUUUCCUGGGGCAAACUUAACGAUACUUAGCUCCUUCCCCUCUUAGUGAAUUUAACACGGAUUUCACUUCUCGUCUAAUUAGGUUUGACAGGGAUGAAUUUGAGUGUUUUUAAGACUUCCAGAAAACGUCAGCGUUGAAUUUCUUGGCAACUCGUUUGAAUUUUCACGUUCGGCACAAAAGAGGUUGGAUAUGGAAUAACCUUACUGAAGCAAAGAUGUCUGUGGGUGUGUUUAAUAAUGCUCCUGGAGAAGUCACAAGAAAGGAACUUGGGACAGAGAAACAGGAUGUUGGUAUACUUCGUGGCAUGAAAGAACUUCCUCAAUUCAAAGAUGGAGUUGAAGUCCUAGAAACUGGAAAAUCUCUAAAACUGCAAACUGAUCAACCUCAUCUUGUAAGUUUAGGGGGUGGGCGCUUGAGUACAUCAAUAACAAUUCACCCUCUCCCUGAAGGUAUAACAAGAAUAGGUCGAGAUGAUGCUUCUACUACCCAGGAUGUAGUUGUUCAGGGUCCUGGGAUUGAGAAAGAACACUGUUACAUUGAGAAUAUAGGAGGAUUGGUAAAACUGUAUCCUAUUGCAAAAGUGAUGUCUGUGGAUGGCAUGAGAAUAACUGAGCCCAUGCGUCUUGCACAAGGGAGUAUGAUUUGUGUGGGAAAGGCAAAUUUCUUCCGCUUCAACCAUCCUCAAGAGGCUCGUAAAAUGAAAAUGAUUAAUCCAAAUAUGAGAGUUUCAUUUGUGCCAAAUGACUUUUCUUCAGUGUCUGAUUAUAUACCAGCUCAGAAAGAAGCCAUACGGAAAAGUCCUGGAUAUACUGACUGUCAUUCUUCAACUAAAUAUAUAGCUGCACAGAGUGAUAGGUCACUUAUGGUUAAAAGUUCUGAAAAUGAUCCUGAAGAGUGUCUAGACUUUGUACAAAAAGUCUCAAAGUUUGAGUUUUUAAGUCACAACCAUAAUGUCUCACAGACUUCACAAAAUAUAUCACAAUGGCCGACACAAGAGGGAGUUUAUAUUUUACCCCCUGGAACACAAAUUUACAGGGACUGUAGGGGUUCUUAUUAUAAUAACUGUAAUUAUUCUUCUCCUCAUAGUCACAGCUUACCCCCCAGUCCAGUGCUUAAGAGUUAUAAGGCUUUAUCUACUAAUGGAAUCAGUCACAGGUCUUUGUUUUCAUCAACUACUUCAAAUGGCAUUCCAUUCAAUGAAAAUGGAAUAGCUAUUGCAAAUCAUAAGACAUCAUUAUCUCCUACACUGCUGAAGGGAUCCAUGAAACUUGAGUCAAAAGCUGAAAACAAAUUAAAAUGGUGUACUCCCAACUCAUCCUAUAGUGGAAAUUUUUACAGCCAUCACUUAAGUGCUGAGGAUUUGAGGACUCAGGAAGAAAAGCUAGAACAACAACACAUAAAAGCAGUAGAGGAACGUAGAAAGGAAGAGGAACAACGGCAUCAGGAAAGUUUACGGCUGGAAGAAAUUUUAAACAUGUGUGCAGAAUACGAACAUCAGUCUAAAAUGAAAAAUGAAUUGACAAAAUUAGAAGAGAAAAAAAACAAUAGUGAAGCUUCUUCUUCCAUCUCUUCUUUUAUUGCAAGUAAUAAAGAUUCUCCUCUUACAACAACUUCAGGUACUCAUAAUGCGAUGCUCAUUUAUAAAACGGUAGAUUCUUCCAGUGAUUUUUCAGAUUCUGUGGGCAAAGACACAGCUAUAAUCUCGGGACAAGUAAGCUUGAAAGGAAUGCUAAAGUCAGGACAGACUUUUUUACAACAAGACAGUAAUUUUUCUUCAAACAGUAACUCUCCUCUUCAUUCACCACCAUAUCAAAACAGAAUCAAAACAAAUGGAUCAUUGCCAAGAGACCGAUCUAACCAUUUUUUCUCCUCAACAAGAGAAUCUCAGACUCGUAAAGAAAUGUGUGAUGAAAAUUUUACUAAUAGUAGUCAGCACUCAUUCAACACUGUGUGUUCAGAAGAUGAGCUGACAUGCAUUUUAAAUCCUGUGUCAGGAUCAAAUAACACUCCAUCAAGAUUACAAGAAGCCUCUUAUGGUUAUCUUAACUCUAAUGCAGGGACAUUAUUUGUUCCAUGUCCUCACUCUCCUAGAAACAGGAUUAGGACAGUUGUGGUAAAUGAAAAGGCCAACAGAUUUAUACCAAAAGAUUCUUCUGUUUGCAGGUGUCAUGAACACAAGUUAUACUUGGAUGACUCCUUACUUGCCAGGAUUAAUGACACAAAAAUAUCACAUGAACAUGUUUCAGGAUGUUGGCUUACAAACUCUACAAAUACCUAUGGUACUGAUGCGCUACACCACACCAAGUCCAGGCUUAUGAAUCAGAUUGCUGUAUUGAAGAAACAACUUAGUGAAAUUGAAGAUCUAGAAAGAGAGUAUGUGCAAGAAUUUGAGAUGGAACAAGCCCUAUUGCAGGGAGAGCAGCAGGAAGAAAAACAGAAGCAUCAAGAAGAUCAGAAGAAGUUUGGAGAUUUGCUGAAGCAACAGAAGUUGCUUGAGAAAGAAGAAGAGAGAGUUAAAACACAAGACAUGAAUCAGUUAGAAGAGGCUAAAAAAAUUCUACAAGAACAUCAACAGAAAUUAGCAGAAAUUGUUGGUCUACAGCAGUUGCUUAGUGAAAAUUCUAUAGAUGAGCAAGUGAACUUUUCCCAAAAAGAAGAAAGUAAGCAAAUAUGUAGACUUGCAGAAGAUAAGAAAGAUGACAAGCUUGCAGAACAUUAUAAGAUAGAAAUAGAGAUGUUGGAAACUAAGAGAAAAGCAUUUGAAGACUUGGAGUUCCAACAUCUUGAACACCAAACACAUUUUGAAGAAGAGAAAGAUGCAUUAAAUCAGAACUUGACUGAAUUAAAAAAUGACAUUCAAGAGAGGCUUAAUAGAUUACAAGAACUAACAGAGCAAGAAAAAUCAGUAAAAGAACAGAUAAUUCUUGAGAAAACCAAAGCUGAGAUGGAAAAGAAGCGAACAAUAGGAGAGCUAAAUCAGUUAGAGCUGAAGAUGCAGGAGACUGAUAAUAUUAUGCAAGGUUUGCAGGAGUUUUGUGAUCCAAUUAUACUAGAUAAUAGAUCUGAGAGCUCUUCUCUUCCAUCAGAUAAUGAGCAGAAAAAAGAAGUAUUGGACAAAAAGAAUGUGAUUUUCCAGAAUCAGCAUAACGUAGAUUUCAGAAACACCUUAAAUGAUUUCAUGGAUAGGCCAAGCAAAAACUGUGAAAGCUGUUAUAGUUUUGAUUCUGAAUCAUCUAGUGUGGCAAGCACAGACUUACCCACAGGAAGCUUAAGUAGCAGUGGGGACGACCCAAGCCAACCUACCAGUAUUCCCACUCCAAGCCCCCGAGGAGAUGAAGAGUUGAGCUUUGAUGUAGUGUUUGAUAGUGAAACUCGACAACAAGAAUCUACCAGCUACAGUAAAAAUGACAAACUUUUAGAUGUUCCUCGUGCCUCGAGUGGCGGGGAAGUCCGUAAAAGAGAGAAACUCAAGUCUCAACGUCCGCUGACACGUUAUCUUCCCGUCCGUGGAUCAGAGCUGAAUUUGCGUCAUCACAUCGAAACAGCUGGUCAUCAAAUCGAACUGUGUCCCUUUGUCCAAUUGACCCCUACGUCCUGUCGAGGAUACUUGCACAAAUUAGGUGGAGCACUGCAUAUUUGGAAGAGGAGAUGGUUCGUAUUCGACAGGAACAAGCAUGCUUUGGUGUAUUACAGCGAUAAGAGUGAAUCAAAAGUGAAAGGCGGAGUUUACUUUCAGGCUAUCGAAGAAGUUUAUGUAGACCACCUCCACUCCAGUAAAAGUCUGUAUCCUGGAUCGACGUUUUGCGUUAAAACCUACGAUCGAACUUUUUAUCUUACCGCGCCCAGCCCAGAAGCCAUGCGGAUCUGGGUGGAUGUGAUUUUCACAGGAGCAGAGGGAUACCAAGAGUUUUUAAUGAACACUGCUUCCUAGUGUUUGACAGUCUCCAGGCAUGAAGGAGCAUACUUGUGAUGUUCUGUAGAAGAAAAUUGUUGUUAAAUGAAGCUCUUCCUCGGUAAAAAAAAAGGACAGUACAGUGAGAAGUCAUUAUUUUUCAUUGUAAACAAACUGAAGAACAGCUGACUGAUGAUAUUGUAAAAUAUGAUGUAAAUGCUCUUGACUAAAAUGUGCCAACUAUAAUUGUGGUUUUUGCUACCAGGAAUAUGUUUCAGCUGUGAAAGACUAGAAAGAAAAGAUAUUGAAAGGAAUGUUAAUUGAAUGAGACAAAAUUGUUUUGUUUCAGUUUUAUUAUCAGCUUUAUUAUGAACCUGUGUAAGUAAUCAUAUCAUUCAGAAUGAGAUUUUUGUUGUUAGUUCAGAGACUGCAGGACAAAAUGCAAAUAAUUUAAACACAACACAAUUUUCGAAAGGCUAAUAAGCAUGCUGAUAAAAUCAUAUUUUAUCACUUUCUGUUUUGCUGGAGAAAUGGCUUGAUUAGUGCCAAAUGAAGUGAGGAGUAAGAACAAAUCAUUGAUGACUGUAUUGGGAAAGUGUGUAAUUUUGAGUCUUAAUAAACUGAGUGACAAUUUAUGUACACCCAACUUUCUACGAUGAAAAAGCUCUUGUUUAAGUUAUUGAAGUUCCACCACUCCAACAUGUAUGGGUAAAGAUGAAUUAAAACCCUAUAACCUGAGCUCAUUUGAAAGGUGUAUCUUUCUUCUUCUGGAACAAACAGCUUGCCCCUGAAGAAGAAGGGUCCACGUUUCGAAAACACUCAGGUUAUAGGGUUUUUAUUCAUAUCCAUCAAGACUUCUUGAACCUAUGUGUUUUUGUAACAUCAUGGAUGUAUGGAUAAAGAAUACUUUUAUACUCUUCAUUGAAGAGAAAUCUAUAAAAAAUGGCAUUUUGUUUGUUUUCCUUUGUUAUAUAUUUUUCUAUCAUGAAAACAGGUUAUAAUCACACAGGUUAUAAGCAGCUAAGUGUAAAUGCUCUUUUAAAGAAAUAAUGUGUUAUCAAGUGUAAAAUCAAUAUUUUCCAACCAUUGGAAAUGCAGUGAGGUGGGCUUGUAAUCAGCUGCAAAAAAAAAGUUUAAACAUUGAGCACAGAAAUACAUGGUUGAAAGUAUUGGAAAAGAAAUCAAGUACAAAAAUACUCGGCUUGAAACAUUGGAUAACUAUCUAAAAUUAUAUGAUCAACUUUAACUUUUUUUUAACUAAAACAUGACAUUUACUCAGGUGUGGAAAUAUCCACAAUUUCAAUACAUUUUUAUUUUGUUUUGGUAAAUCUGAUUUUUUCACUAGCUAAUAAUAAUAGUGUAAAAAAAAAAAAAAGACUUAAAAAAUCUGAAUGUUUUCUGAAAAGGGUCAAAGAGUACUCACCUUUCUUAGAUCAGCAAUUUUAAUGUGUUGAUGAAGAAUAUAAUGAGGAAAAUUUGUUCUUUUUGUACACUAAUGAUUUAGAACAUUUAUUUUGUAUAGUUUUAAUAGUAGCAUCUUUCUGAUGAACUGUUUUAAGACAAAAGCAGUAAAAUGUGAGCAAUUGCUGUAAUUUUUUAAGUGUUUUUACCUCAAUGAGCAUAAUUUUCAUAUUGAUACAUUUCUAUAUAUUUAAUUUCUGUUGUAGAAAUUUUAUGUUAAAGCUAUCUAGCAUUGUUCAAAUUAUUGUUUUUAAAUUAGUUUUAUGCUUUUCUUUCCACAGUGGUCUGCAUGUAUUUUUGUCUUUAUAAUCUCUUGCUAUUUUUUUUUAAGUCUUGUGAUUAUUUACUGUAAAGAGAAUAAGACAAAAUUAUUUUUUAAAUGAUGUGGACUAAAAUUCUUGGUAAUUCUGUGUUUUAACUAGAAUUUUAAUAUUAAAGCUUGUUAUUGACAACACAUUGGAUUAAACCUUCAUUUUAAUGGUGAAGUGAAACAGCUACGCCAGGUACGUCUGAUAACAGUGGUGUUAAAGCACUUAACAGAGUUAAAUAGUUAACAAAACAAACACUAAAUCUUAUUGUAAUUUAACUAAUGAGGCAGCUUUCUCAAGAAUGAAAAAAAUACCUAUCUUAAACAUAUAACCUUCUCCUUUAUAAAUAAUUGGGCUUGUUUAAAAGUAUAUGUGCAAGCUGUUUAGAAAUGAUAUUAACAGAUUUACUACCCCACCUGACAGCGAGGGUAGUUUUCACUCGUAUAUGUUUGUGUCUGUGAGCAGUAUAACUAAAGUUCUCUUCUGAUUUUGACCAAAACUGAUACAAAGGUUGAUUGUCCUCUAAGAACCAAUUGUCUAACAUUUGGUGACUGUAAGAUAAAGGUCAAGGUCACAUUGAAGGCUAUCCUUAUAACUCAAAAAGUUUCUUCUGAUUUUGAUAGAAUUUGGUACAAUGGUUGAGUGUUCCCCAAGAAAGAAUUGUUUAAGUUUUGGUAAAGAUAGCUCAAAGAUCAAGGUCACAUUGAAAGUCAACCACUUUAUAAUAGUAGCAAAUUGAGAUUUUGAAAAAAACAGUCAAAACCCGAAAUAAAUUGAAAUAGAGAGAGAUGGAAAAUCUUGGCACUUAGACCUACAUUUUUGAGGGGAGAGGAACUGUUUCUUAUUUAUGUUAGGUUAAUUAAUGCAAAAGUCAAAUCUGGUUUGAGAUGGAAGUUGCACUAUCUCAGUGUAUUUCUAGUUUAUAUUUGUGUUAAAACUCCUAACAGGCAUACGUCACUGUUUUAUUCCACGUAUGCUGCAAUGUACCUUUAAUGGCCUAAUGGAGUGGUGUAACCAUUGUAGCACAGGAUUAAAGCUUCUGUCUCUGAAACACAAACAGUUUUGUUAAUAUAUUUCUCAACAUCUUGUAUAAACUCCCUAUUUGACAGUUGAGAAAUAUGUAUAGCUUUAGUUAUUGCACUGGUAAUACAGAAAGUGAUUAUGUAUGAGAAUAGAUGGUGGCUUUUAAUGUCUACAAUAUAUUUAAAAUAUCAAUUAAGUAAACAUAAUAAUUCAAAUGUUAAAUAUUUCUUGAAAAAAAUUCAAGCUGUUACAAGUUAAAUAACAUUGUUGUUGUUUUAAGAAACAGAAAUAAAACAAAUAUGCCAACCAAUAUUUCAGUAAGCUAAACAAAUGAGAGAUUAUCUUUGCAUUUAACAUAACACAAGCUUGAAAAGAAAUUGAAAGGUCAAUAUAAUCCUGCAGUAGUCUACAGUGUUUUAUUAUAAUCUGCGUUCAAACAGUUUAAUGUAAAUGUGACAAAGUAGUUAUUAUUGGAGAAAUGAAGUUGAAAAAUUUUCCUACUUUGUAAAUAUUGAAAUAUUUAUGCCAGCAAGAUGAGUAAUUGAUUUCCUUCUUAUAAAUAAAAAACAAACAAACUUGGCCUAGAAAAUAAACUAGCAAAAUGAUUAAUAUUAAAACAAAACAGAUACAUUUAAAGUGAACUGAUUAUAUAAUAAUUAGUUGUAAUGACAAAAUAUUGAUCUUCGCGGUAAUUGUAAUAUUCAGUAUUUCCAUGAAAGAAUUCUAGCUUUAGUACUGAACUGUGAUCUCGGUCUUUAGUUCGAAAUUUUGUGCAUUUUAAAAAGGGUUUCUUCAAAAUCUGCAAUAAAAAAGGGACAACUGUAUAUUCUUUGUUAUUGGUCUGUUUAUACAAUGGCCAUUUAAUAGGAACUGUUGAUUCUAAUUAAUCGUACUGUUUCUAGAAAUUUCAAUUAUGAAAAACUUGUCACAAUAUAGUAUGUCGACGCCAAAAUUUUAAUUACAAAAAAAACCUUAUUUAAAUGGAACGUAUUUUUAAUGUAAAAUGUUUUUUCUAAACUUUGUGUUAUUGGGCAGCCAGAGUUUGAUUUUUUGGCAAGUUUAUGUAAACUUGUGACGAUUUUGUAAAGAAAAUAUUUUUUAAAUUGCAGAUUAUCUUUUAAUUCAGUAAUUGAUUUUUACUUAUGAUAAAAAAAAGCUGAAAGUCUCAGUAUUUUAUGUUUUGUAUAACAGUGCUAUAAAUAUAAGGUGUAUUACACGAAACUGUGUGUAUGUUUGUUUGUAAUUAAGCACAAAGCCACAUAAAGGGCUAUCUGCGCUCUGCCCGCCACGGGUAUCGAAACCCGGAUUCUAGUGUUGUAAGACCGCAGACAUGCCGCUGUGCCACUGAGGGGUCAAAACUGUAUGAACAUGUAGCAUAAAAAAAUGCAAAACAUUUUAAAUGUUAUACAGGCGGUUUAUUGUAAUACAUUAGGAGUUACAAAAUCUUAACUAUUGUAACAGAGUUAACGAUUUUGAAUACAAUUAAGAAAAAGAAAGACAAUAAAUAUCCACUUUUAGAAUGAUAA